AAUGCCCCAGCUUUCAGAGAGCAGCAGGCUCUGUUUACACAGCCGUCCGACAGCAGCCGGUUCUCCUGCUGUGCUGAAAACAAGGUGUGUGUGAGGCUGAAUGCGCUCAAAGUUAGGAGGAACCGCAGAGCCAGUGUGUGUUAGUGUGAAUGUGAAGAGAACCUGUGCUGCCCUAAAGGUUUCUACUUUGCUGAGAGGAGUGUGGCAAGGACUUCAGAACAGGAGGUGAAAAGAAGAGAACAUUUUGUUCUUAGUAAAUACAACUUCUCCACCCUUGCACAUACUACUGCUUUUUCAGUAAAGAAGUGAGAGGGGGAAGAAAACAAAGGAGGAAUCAUUUUUUGAAAGUGGAAGACAGGAUGGCGUGCUCUGCCUUUACACUCUGGUAGAGAAGAAGGACUGGGAUUUGAGGAGGGAAAAUUGUCCAUAAAAAGCUUGUUUGGGAUUUUACAGAAUUUUCUUCAACUGAAACCUAUAGAUUAUUGAGUAGAAUCUACGCGUAGAUAGCUACCUCCUGUCCUGGGGACAGCCCUGCUGGCCUUGUGCUAUGCUGGAGAGCCCACUUGCCCAGACACACUGCAGAGCGCCUUGCCUGAGGAGGUGAUUUAGGCUGAGAGGGAGAGCUCCAACAUGGAGCUGGACCACCAGAGAGCAAAGGAGCCCUGUCUCUCCCCGGCAGCGUUUGUUAACCAGGUGCAGUACUCCAACAUCCUGGAAGGGAGGUUUAAACAGCUGCAAGAUGAGCGUGAAGCAGUGCAGAAGAAGACCUUUACUAAGUGGGUGAACUCACACCUGGGCCGUGUGACGUGCCGCAUCGGGGACCUGUACACUGACCUGAGAGAUGGACGCAUGCUCAUCCGCCUGCUGGAGGUGCUGUCAGGAGAACAGCUGCCGAAGCCCACUAAGGGGCGUAUGCGUAUCCACUGCCUGGAGAACGUGGACAAGGCCCUGCAGUUCCUCAAGGAGCAGAAGGUCCACCUGGAGAACAUGGGCUCCCACGACAUCGUGGACGGGAACCACCGCCUCACCCUGGGUCUCAUCUGGACCAUCAUCCUCCGCUUCCAGAUCCAGGACAUCAGUGUGGAGACUGAGGGUAACAAGGAGAGGAAGUCAGCCAAAGAGGCUCUGCUGCUCUGGUGCCAGAUGAAGACCGCUGGGUACCCCAACGUCAACGUUCACAACUUUACCACCAGCUGGAGAGAUGGCUUGGCGUUCAACGCCAUCGUGCACAAACACAGACCGGACGUGAUUGAGUUUGACACCCUGAAGCGGUCCAACGCCCACUAUAACCUCCAGAAUGCCUUCAACACAGCAGAGAAUAAGCUAGGCCUCACCAAACUCCUCGACCCGGAAGAUGUCAACGUUGACCAGCCAGAUGAGAAGUCCAUCAUCACCUAUGUGGCCACCUACUACCACUACUUCUCCAAGAUGAAGGCCCUGGCUGUGGAGGGCAAGAGGGUUGGCAAGGUGCUGGACUAUGCCAUUGAGGCUGACCAGCUGGUAGGGAACUAUGAGAGCCUGGCUUCAGAGCUGCUGCAGUGGAUUGAGCAGACCAUCCUGACUCUGAAUGACCGGCAGCUGGCCAACUCCCUAAACGGUGUGCAGAACCAGCUGCAGGCCUUCAACACCUACCGCACAGUGGAGAAACCCCCAAAGUUCACAGAGAAAGGCAACCUGGAGGUGCUGCUGUUCACCAUUCAGAGCAAGAUGAGAGCCAACAACCAGAAAGUGUACAUUCCCAGGGAGGGAAAGCUCAUCUCUGACAUCAACAAGGCGUGGGAGCGUCUGGAGAAGGCAGAGCACGAGCGGGAGCUGGCGCUGAGGAACGAGCUGAUUCGACAGGAGAAGCUGGAGAUGCUUGCUGCUCGCUUCGACCGCAAGGCCGCCAUGAGGGAGACCUGGCUGAGCGAGAACCAGCGGCUCGUCUCUCAGGACAACUUUGGCGUUGACCUGGGAGCGGUGGAGGCCGCCACCCGUAAACACGAGGCCAUCGAGACGGACAUCGGGGCGUACGGGGAGCGGGUGGCGGCCGUGGAGGCGGUGGCCAGGGAGCUGGAGGCAGAGAACUACCAUGACGUGCGUCGCGUGCUGGCGAGGAGGGACAACGUGCUGCGGCUGUGGGAGUACCUGAAGGACCUGUUAGCCGCUCGCAGGGAGAGACUCCACGCACACCGAGACCUGCAGAGACUGCUGGAGGAGAUGAGAUACAUCAUGGACUGGAUGGGAGAUAUGAAGGGUCGUCUGCAGUCCCAGGACAGUGGGAAGCAUCUGCAUGAUGUGGAGGACCUGCUGCAGACUCACAACCUGGUGGAGGCAGACAUCUCAGCCCAGGCAGAGAGGGUCCGUGGGGUCCAGAGAGCUGCUCAGCGCUUCACCUCCGACCAACAGGUCUACAAGCCGUGUGAGCCGGCGCUGGUGGGAGAGAAGGUGUCUCUGCUGGGCCGGGCCUAUGAGGAGCUGGGCCAGCUGGCUGGGGAGCGGAGGGAGCGCCUGGAGGCCUCACGGCGCCUCUGGCAGUUCCUGUGGGAGAUGGGAGAAGAGGCGGCCUGGAUCAGAGAGCAGGAGCAGAUCCUGUCAGGAGGAGACUGUGGCCGCGACCUCACCUCCGCCCUGCACCUCCUCAGUAAGCACGAGGCCUUCAGGGACGAGAUGGCAGCCCGCUACGGUCCUCUCGGCCACAGCAUUGCCGCCGGACAAACUCUGGUGGAGGAGGGACACUUUGGAGCCCCAGAGUGCACUGAGAGGAUCAGGGACGUACGUGCUCAGUGGGCACACCUGGAGGAGACAUCACAGCUGAGGGAAGUGCAGCUGAAGGAGGCGGUGGCCCUGCACCAGUUCCAGACUGACGCCAAUGACAUGGAGGCCUGGAUCUUGGAGACGCUGCGCCAGGUGUCCAGCCAGGAGGUGGGCCACGACGAGUUCUCCACCCAGACCUUGGCCCGCAAGCAGAGGGAGGUGGAGGAGGAGAUCCAGAGCCACCACACCCUCAUCGACUCCCUGCAUGAGCAGGCCCUCGGCCUGCCCCCGGUCCAUGCAAACGCCCCUCAGGUGGAGGGGCGUCUGCCUGCUAUUGAGCAGCGCUAUGAGGAGCUGGUGUCUCUGUCUGCAUCGCGGCGUCAGGCCCUGGAGGGGGCGCUGGCCCUCUACCGCAUGUACAGCGAGGCGGGCGCCUGCCAGCUGUGGGUGGGGGAGAAGGAACAGUGGCUGGACGGCAUAAUGAUCCCCACCAAACUGGAAGACCUGGAGGUGGUGCAGCAGAGGUUUGAGACCCUGGAGCCUGAGAUGAACAACCUGGGGACUCGUAUCUCUGAUGUCAACCAGGUGGCCCAGCAGCUCCUGGGAUCAGACAACCGCAGCAAAGAGCAGAUCCACCAGACACAAGACCAGCUUAACAACAGGUGGAAGGAGUUCCAGCGUCUGGCAGACCAGAGGAAACAUGCCCUGGAGUCGGCCCUCAACAUCCAGAACUACCACCUGGAGUGUAACGAGAUCCAGAGCUGGAUGAGAGAGAAGACCAAGGUGAUCGAGUCCACCGAGAGCCUGGGCAACGACCUGGCUGGUGUCAUGGCCCUGCAGCGCAAACUCACCGGCAUGGAGAGAGACCUAGAGGCCAUUCAGGGUAAGUUGGACGACCUGAGAAAUGAGGCAGAGAAGCUGGCUGAGGAGCACCCGGACCAGGCCGAGGAGAUCCAUGCCCACCUGGGGGGGAUCCAGGAGGUGUGGGAGGAGCUCAACGCCACCAUGAAGCGUCGUGAGGAGUCUCUGGGCGAAGCCAGUAAGCUGCAGGGAUUCCUCCGAGACCUGGAUGACUUCCAGUCCUGGCUGUCCCGCACGCAGACCGCCGUGGCGUCCGAGGACAUCCCCACCUCGCUGCCAGAGGCUGAGCGCCUGCUCUCCCAGCACGAGAGCAUCAAGAACGAAUGGGACAACUACAAGGAGGACUAUGAGAAGAUGCGGGCGGUGGGUGAUGAGGUGACUCAGGGUCAGACGGACGCCCAAUACAUGUUCCUGGCCCAGAGGCUGCAGGCGCUGGACACCGGCUGGCAAGAUCUGCGCCGCAUGUGGGAGAACCGCCACAGCCUGCUGGCCCAAGCUUUCGACUUCCAGACCUUCUUGAGAGACGUCAAGCAGGCUGAGGGCUUCCUCAACAGCCAGGAGUAUGUGCUGUCCCACACUGAGAUGCCCUCCAGCCUGCAGGGAGCAGAGGAGGCCAUCAAAAAGCACGAGGACUUCCUGACCACCAUGGAGGCCAGCGAGGAGAAGAUCACGGGCGUGGUGGAGGCUGGACGCCGUCUGGUCAACGACCUCAACGCCAACUCUGACAAGAUCCAGGAGAAGGCCGACUCCAUCCAGGAGAGACAUCAGAAGAAUAGGGAAGCUGCAAAUGAACUCCUCUCUAAACUGAAGGACAACCGUGAACUUCAGCACUUCCUGCAGGACGGACAGGAGCUGACUCUGUGGAUCAAUGAGAAGAUGCUGACAGCUCAGGACAUGUCAUAUGACGAGGCCAGGAACCUCCACAGCAAGUGGCAGAAACACCAGGCCUUCAUGGCUGAGCUGGCCUCCAACAAGGACUGGCUGGACAAGAUCGACAAGGAGGGCCAAGUGCUGGUGACAGAGAAGCCGGAGCUGCAGCCUGUUGUCCAACAGACUCUUGAAGGCCUGCAGAGCCAGUGGGAGGAACUAGAGAGCACUACGCGCACCAAGGCACAGUGCCUCUUCGAUGCCAACAGGGCAGAGCUUUUCACCCAGAGCUGCUCUGCCCUGGACAUUUGGCUGAAGAACCUGUCAGGACAGCUGCAGAGUGACGACUUCGGAAAGGAUCUGACAUCAGUCAACAUCCUGCUCAAGAAGCACCAGAUGCUGGAGCACCAGAUGGAGGUGCGUGAGAAAGAGGUGCAGUCGCUGCAGUCCCAGGCGCAGGCGCUGUCCCAGGACGAUGCUGGUGUGGCGGUGGUGGAGGUGGACGGCCAGCAGAGGAGAGUCACUGACAGCUUCUCCCAGCUCCAGGACCCCCUCAACCAGAGGAGACAGCAACUGCUGGCAUCCAAGGAGGCCCACCAGUUCAACAGAGACCUGGAGGAUGAGAUUCUGUGGGUGAAGGAGAGGAUGCCCCUCGCCACCUCCACAGACCAUGGCAAGGACCUGCCCAGUGUACAGCUGCUCAUCAAGAAGAACCAGACUUUGCAGAAGGAGAUCCAGGGCCACCAGCCCCGUAUUGAUGACAUCCAGACCCACCGCAGGGGGAUGUCCCCAGGGAAGGAGGAGGUGGACGGGGAGUGGCAGUCUGCUCUGGAGCAACGUCUGGUGGAGCUCCGGGAGUCCUGGGCCCAGCUCAUCGCUGAGACAGAUGAGCGCCACGCCCGGCUAGUGGAAGCUAACCGCGCCCAGCAGUUCUAUACUGACGCUGCCGAGGCCGAGGCCUGGAUGGGAGAGCAGGAGCUACACAUGAUGUCAGAGGACAAGGCCAAGGAUGAGCAGAGUGCUCUGGUGAUGGUGAAGAAGCACCAGACACUAGAACAGGCCCUGGAGGACUACGCCCAGCCCAUCCACCAGCUGGCCAACAGCAGCCGCACCAUGAUGACCAGCGAACACCCAGAGAGCGAGCGUAUCAACCUACGGCAAGCCCAGGUGGACAAGCUGUACGCAGGGCUGAAGGACCUGGCUGAAGAGCGUCGUGGGCGUCUCCAGGAGAGGCUGAGGCUGACCCAGCUGAAGAGAGAGGUGGACGACCUAGAGCAGUGGAUCGCUGAGAGGGAGGUGGUGGCUGGAUCCCAUGAGCUGGGACAGGACUACGAACAUGUCACAAUGCUGCGGGACAAGUUCCGGGAGUUUGCUCGGGACACCAGCACCAUUGGCCAGGAGCGCGUGGACGCCGUUAACGGUCAGGCCGAUGACCUCAUCGAGUCGGGUCACCCUGAGAACGCCAGCGUGGCAGAGUGGAAGGACGGGCUGAACGAGGCGUGGGCCGACCUGCUGGAGCUGAUCGACACGCGCACCCAGAUGCUGGCCGCCUCCUACGAGCUGCACCGCUUCCACCAGGACGCCCGCGAGGCCAUGGGGAGGGUCCGGGAGAAGAAGGAGGCGCUGCCCUCUGACCUGGGCCGUGACCUCAACACCGUCCAGCACCUCCACCGACAGCACAAUGCCUAUGAGCACGACAUCCAGGCCCUCAGUGGACAGGUGAACCAGGUGCAGGACGACGCAGCACGGCUGCAGAAGGCCUACGCUGGGGAGAAGGCUGAGGAGAUCCACCGGAGUGAGCACUCUGUCACUGAGGCCUGGGAGGAUCUGCUGGGGGCCGGCCAGGCUCGCCGACACCUCCUGCUGGACACCGUGGAGAAGUUCCGCUUCUUCAACAUGGUGCGUGACCUCAUGCUGUGGAUGGACGGGGUCAACCUGCAGAUAGAUGCCCACGACAGCCCCAGGGACGUGUCCUCUGCAGGGCUGGUCAUAGCCAACCAUCAGGACAUCAAGUCUGAGAUUGAGACCCGGGCAGACAGCUUCACAGCCUGCAAUGAGAUGGGACACUCGCUCAUCAACAACAACCACUAUGCAGCUGAUGAGAUCCGGGAGAAACUGGACCAGCUCCAAGGCAAGAGAGACGAGAUCAACAACAAAUGGCAGGACAAGAUGGACCACCUGCAGAUCGUUCUGGAGGUGCUGCAGUUUGGCCGGGAUGCAUAUGUGGCAGAGACAUGGCUGGCAGGCCAGGAGCCCCUGGUGCGAGGGGCCGAGCUGGGCUCUAACGUGGAUGAGGUGGAGAGCCUGAUCAAACGCCACGAGGCCUUUGAGAAGCUAGCCGCCGGCUGGGAGGAGCGCUUCACCCUGCUGGAGAAACUCACUACGCUAGAGGAGCAGGAGAUCCAGAGGCAGAGAGAGGAGGAGGAGAGGGCGAGGCGACCCCCCACACCACCACCUACAGAAGAGGUGGCCCCGUCUGAGGCUGAAACACAUGAUGCCAGGACCAGCCUGGACCAGACCACACUGAACCAGUCAGUAUCAGUGAAUGGAAUCCACAGCGACCAGGACACAUCACAGUCUUUAUCAGUAUCAUCAGUAUCAGUGGGAAAGAAAGAGAAAUGUGAACCUGUCUCUAAACCUGUGUCUAAACCAAAGCAUCCGCCGCGUGGUUCUGACUCUGACUCUGUGAAUGGUCCGGGGAGAGACAGCGGGCUGGCGUCUUCACGCCUGGACCCGUCUGCCACGCUACCCAGCAAGAGAGCUGACCCUGGCACAGAUGCCAUGGAGGGCAUGCUCUACCGCAAGCAGGAGAUGGAGUCCCAUGCCAAGAAGGCAGCUAGCAGCUUCUCUCUCUCUUCCCAUAGGUCCUGGCAGAAUGUGUACUGUGUUCUGCGUAAGGGCAGCCUUGGCUUCUACAAGGACCAGAAGAGCGCCUCCAGCGGGAUCCCCUACCACGGAGAAGUCCCCAUCAGCCUGGGAGAGGCUGUGUGUGAGGUGGCACACGACUACAAGAAGAGGAAACACGUCUUCAAGCUACGGCUAGGGGACGGUAAGGAGUUCCUGUUCCAAGCUAAAGAUGAGACGGAGAUGGCCUCGUGGAUCCACUCCAUUCAUAGCUCCAUCCCAGCAGGGGGGUCAGGAGACCACUCCCCCAGAGGCCCCAGGGCCCUGAGCCGAGCCAUGACUAUGCCCCCCAUCUCCCCCAGCUCAGCAGACGCUGCCGGAGUCACCAUGCGCAACAAGGAGGGCAAGGAGAGGGACCGUGAGAAGAGGUUCAGCUUCUUUGGAAAGAAGAAAUAAAACAUUUGUAAAACAACAACAUCAAGGAAAAUUAUAUUCCUCAAAAUUCCAACAAACUGAAACAGGCAGAAAUGAAAGCACUCUUGUCGCAUAAACGCAUCGCUGUCGGCCGGGGUCCUGAGGGGUUUGUCUAAUUUCUGGCUCACACAGAGCUUGCUCUUUCUCGCUCUCUCCUCUCUAUUUUCAUUUGUCAUCUCUUUCUCUUUUAUAUCUCUCUUUCCUUCUCCAUCUCUCACAUUUGGCUUCAUCCUACCAAUGUAAGCCCUUGUCCAUAGCUUUAGUUGCAUUUUCAGCCGAUACGCAGGGUUUGUUGAUCAGAGUCACUAAUAAGAACUCUCUUUGGCCUCAUCAUCGGGGGAAACCAAGGGGUUUGUUGGGAGAGGGGAGGGCAGGGGGUGGUUAGCAUUAGAACCGAGGGCUAAUAGGACCCUCAAAGUCAAUUCUCUUUCAUUCACCCACACUGGAUCAUUUGUUGGUUUAAAUUAGUCUGGGCUCAACCAAUCUUUAGACAAGCAAAAUACUUUAAUGCUGUUUUACCAAUAACAGAGAAAUUGUUGUAAAGAGUGCUGUCCCCAGGUCCCCUCUUCCAGUCUCUCCUUUUCUCUAUCGUGCUCCUUGGGAAGCCCCAUAUCUUUUCUUUGUUUUGUGGUUUUGGUCUUAUUAUUAUUUAUCUUUUUGCUGUUGCAGGUUUUGAGGGGGGGAAUUAAAAUACAUCAUUUAAAGAGUAUGUCAGUAGAUUUCUUGAGUCAUGUUGCAGAGCAAAACAAGAGUUUGAUCUACGGGACCAUGUUGGUCUUGUUUCUUUUGUUGAGGAAAGACCGUUAUUGAGGUGUUUAAAAUAAUGCUCAGUAACUUUUAGCAGUGUGCAGUAAGUGAUUUUCACCCGUGGGAAAUUAUAUAUAUUUAAAGUGGUUUUAUUUUAACUUGGAUCUUGCCUGUAUUUGAUUUUGUUCUGCUGAGGGAUUAUUUCUGAUUUUGAAUUUUGUUGUUUCUAUUCAAACCAGAGAGAGUUUGUUUUCUAGUAAGGGUGAGAGUGGGAGUUAUGGUGAUAUGGGUUUUGCAUGUGUUUUUUUUUUUUUUUUGUUAUUCUAAAUCCGAAGCGUCCAGUUGGAUUCUGCUUUUCUGACUUAACAUAUACACACACACACACACACACACACACACACACCAUAUAUAUAUAUAUAUAUAUAAAUAUGAACACACACACUCACCAUAUAUACACACACAUACACACACUCACCAUAUAUACACACACACACACACGCUCAAAGAAGUUGUUGGGAUGGCUUUCUUUAAGGAUUCUUGUUUGUUUUUUUGGUUUGAAUAUGUAGAUGACAAUGCUAAUUAAUGAAACAUUCCUAGAUGAUUUUCAGACUUCACAUACUUCCUCCUGAUCCCUCUGUUGUUUUUUAAUGGGAUGGCUGGGGCAGGUUAACACUGUUGGUUACCACUGCCAUUGCCAAACACUAGUGAGGAUUGUAAGCAGAAGCACAUCAAUGUGGCAUAGGGUUGCGGAGGUUUGCUAGUAGGAAGAGGAAGGGUGGAGGGUUCAUUUCAGAUGGGGUAGGGUUGGACGCUGAGGGCUGAGAUUCCUUCUAUUUGAAUAGUGCUUAAUCACAAAGGAGGCUUUAUCGAUCACAAAACAAAUCUCAGAAGAAUGUUUAAUAUGUGCCCCAUGGCAUUGACUCAGUGUAUGUAUAUGGAUUCUGUACCCAGGUUCCAUUGAGCGUAUACGGACAGGCUCACCCGCAUCAGCGGUUGAAGGAAGAGAAAUGCUAGCAUAGCUGUGUUGGAUUGGAAGAGGCGUAACCAUGGAGAGCUUUCCUCACUUGAUGGUGACCGAGAGAAUAGUCUUAAAUUGUUUUUCUGGAGGGCUUUGAGCUCCUCCAUAUGUGGCAUGACUUCAUGUAGGAUUGUACUUGUAUGUGUCUCGUUGUUGUCGCCAAUUCUCUUCUACUUUGAUGUUAUUGGUACAUGAGAUUCACCCGUAAGCGAUGUACAGCAUGGCAUGAUACCAUGAAGCCCAUAAUACCGUGAAGCCCAUGAUACCAUGAAGCCCAUGAUACCAUGAAGCCCAUGAUACCAUGAAGCCCAUGAUACCAUGAAGCCCAUGAUACCAUGAAGCCCAUGAUACCAUGAAGCCCAUGCUGUGGAAGGUGGUGUAUUACACCAGAAUGCCCAGGUGUAUCAUUAGUACCCCUCCCCAGCAGUUUGGAAAGAAUUCACAUUGGGCAAAAAGAAAAUACCAUUAUUUGAUAUAAUUUAAUCAAAGUAAAGAUGACAUUGACAGCGACGUAGGGUCCUGGCACAGUGAGUGAUUUAUUUUAGUGUCUGAGAUGAGUGGAAGGUUUCUGUACAAGAAACUGCUCAAAACACAGAAAAAUCCAAAUUUCUUGUAAACCAAUGGUAUCUGUUACUCGGUGGUAGGCUUAUCUGGGGCAAGGGUGUGGCAUACCAAAGCCCAGUUAGGUUAUUGUUUGACUGAGAUGGCUCACCCUAAACCAGAGACGGAAAGAACCACAGUGAAUAAAUGUCAGAAAUGUGCAGCUUUUCAACAGGCAAGACUAUUGGACUAUUGCCAUUUCAGUUCAUAUGAUUCGGGGUAAAUAAGCAGCAGUAAAGCCAUACAAGAGGCUGUAGACUACUUGGUCUGCCUUGGUUUGUAUCCCAGCUGUGAGCCUAAGCUCUUGAUCUCAGCCUAAUGUACUGAGCUGACCCUCGGCUCCCUAGUCACAGUUCGAACCAAAGUCUGCGAUGCUCAAGAGUAGAGCUGAGUGAGCCUCGGUCUGUGGUAUUCACUGUGAAAAACUACUAUCGGGCAGUUGGUGCCAGAUCGGCCAUAGCACUUCUAAAAGUAGCUCGUGUUGCCCUCUACUGGCUGAACUGCUCCCACAGUGACCCAGUUCAAGUCCUAGGCAGGUUAUACACAGACAUGAGCAGGUUCCUCAGGCCCAUUCUACUAUGAAUUCGUAUUAAUGUUAAUGGCUUUUAAGAUGGGUUGGACAAAUUGGUCAUGUGAUGGACAUACUUGGAGACACACUACCUCUCUCUUGCUUUCUCCUCUCUCUUACACUCUCACACUCUCACACACUCACACAUAUCCACACACAGAUAUACCAAGGUGGAAUGACCCUGGCCUUCCAGUCAAGCAGAAAGAUGUGGAGCUGAUUGUGAUUUGGUGCUAGAUUUGGGUUGAUGUUGUGCAGUCUGUGUGCUACUGGUGAGUGUUGAGCGUAAAGGGAUAGACUGUAUUAUUGAUGGUGAGAGAGAGCCUAAGAGGGUUUUGAGCAUUUUGGUUUAAAAAGUUAGUGGAACACCUAAAAAUGUUUCUUGGUCUCUUAUUUGAAGAGAAAAAGAAACACAGUAUACAUUAACCAGAGGACUGAUGGCAAAUUUGAGCUUCCAUUUUCUAGAGUUAGACAGGAGAUGUGCUGUCUCACGGGGUUCUUGUAUUUUCUCAUCCAGUAGUCUGAUCUGUUUUGCAGCAUUUGAUAAACCUUUCCACCCACUGCCAUUUCCCUUUUUUUUUAUAAUGUCAUUUCCUUCUUCUGUGACUUAACUAAUUGCGAGUUGUGAAUACCACUACUAUGAUUAAUUAUUAUUAUUGCUACUGUUACUACUACUCUUACUACUGCAACAUAUUUGUUACUACAACUAUAACUGCUGUCCAUUUUCAGGUACGUGUCUGUAAUACCAGACCCUUCCACAAGAUGUCAGUGUGCUGUGGAGCAUUUUCAUUACAGAUCGAAAAUAAUGUUUGUUGACUUGUGUAUCUACAUCUAAUAUUAGGAAUAAUAAAACAUGGUUUAAA